UGAUUCAUGUUGUAAGUGCCAAGUGGCAGCUAUCUGAGUCAACAUUGUAUAAAACCAAUGUACAUUCCAAGCGACGCCCCAUCUUUUUAGGCCUGUUUUUCAUCUUCUCUUUUCCUUUUCUUUUACUGAUUCAUCUCUCAAAUUGAACAGUGAUCCCCAUCUUCAUCACAAACGCAUGCCGUCCUCAUUGAUUCACUCUGUUUGGGUUUAACAAGCAUAUACAUUGUUACCCAUGGCCAAGAUCAAGAUUGGCAUCAAUGGAUUCGGAAGGAUUGGCCGGUUGGUGGCCAGAGUUGCUCUGCAGAGAGAUGACAUCGAACUCGUUGCCAUUAACGAUCCUUUCUUGACUGCUGAUCACAUGAGAUACAUGUUUAAGUACGACAGUGUUCAUGGGCAGUGGAAGCAUGGCGAGCUUAAGGUUAAGGAUGAAAGCACACUUCUCUUUGGCGAUAAGCCUGUUAAAGUUUUUGAUUCUCGUUCUCUACUUACCUUACCUGAUGAAAUCCCAUGGGGCGAUUCUGGUGCUGAAUUUGUCGUUGAGUCCUCCGGAGUUUACACAGAUCGGGAGAGAGCAUCUCACCACCUGAGGGGUGGUGCAAAGAAAGUUAUCAUUUCUGCCCCAAGUGAUGAUGUUCCCAUGUUUGUUGUGGGUGUUAAUGAGAAGGACUACACUCCAGAUCUUAACGUUGUUUCAAAUGCAAGCUGCACUACUAACUGUCUUGCUCCACUGGCAAAGGUUAUCCACGAUAAAUUUGGUAUCAUAGAGGGUCUUAUGACCACUGUCCAUUCUAUUACUGCUACUCAAAAGACUGUUGAUAGUCCACUAAUGAAAGACUGGAGAGGUGGUAGAGCUGCUGGCCAUAACAUCAUUCCCACUAGUACUGGAGCUGCUGAGGGUGUUGGUAAAGUGCUGCCGGCACUAAAUGGGAAGUUGACAGGAAUGGCCUUCAGGGUUCCCACUGUUGAUGUUUCCGUGGUUGACCUCACAGUGAGACUUGAGAAGAAGGCUACUUAUGAUGAGAUUAAAAAUGCUAUCAAGGAAGAAUCUGAGGGUAACCUAAAGGGAAUCCUCGGAUAUAUGGACGAUGAUUUAGUGUCCACUGACUUUGUGGAUAACCACAGGUCAAGCAUUUUCGAUGCCAAGGCUGGAAUUGCUUUGAACGACAACUUUGUGAAGCUUGUCGCGUGGUAUGACAAUGAAUGGGGUUACAGCUCACGAGUCAUCGACUUGAUCUGUCACAUGGCCACAGUUACAUGAGCAAUGUCAAUUCCUUAAUCACAACUGCAGCUAGGUUUCGACCAUGGUUAAAACUGAUUCUUUGGAAUUUAUAGUUCAGCUGACUCCAGAGCGUUAGAGAUUUUGUUUGGGAUAAAUUGAGAUGCCUUCAGUACCAUUCUUCUGUUGUUAAUCCAAGAUAGAAUGAAACACUUGCAAGGUAGCAUUUCUUGGA